CCUCUGACGUAUUUCACGAAAGAAAAAAAUUCCAGGAUUGUGAACUUCAGAUGUUUACCCUCCUUUAUGAGGGUAAACGUCUGUACAGCGAGAGAUUCUUCAGGCAUAUCUGAUAAACAUGGAAAACCUUACGCCGGAGCAAUGGCGGGAGAUCAUGAACAAGAAGAUGCGCUUCCCGCCGGAGCUGAUCGCGGUCAUAGAGGAGGGGAACGCGGCGGAGAUCAGCCGGCUGCUCACCAUGCCGGACGGCAUCCUCCGGCAGCUGGAUGACUCCGAGGACCGGCUGUGGAGGGAGGCCCUCAACCUGGCAAUCCGCCUGGGCAAGGAGGACACCAUGGACGCCCUGCUGCAAGCAGUGAAGUUCGACUUCCGGCAGAUCCACGAGGCGCUGCUGGUGGCCGUGGACACCAACCAGCCGCGCGUGGUGAAGCGGCUGCUGGACCGGCUGGACCAGGAGAAGGGCGUGGGCAACAACAAGGUGGACGUGCGCUCCUUCUCGCUCGCCAUCUUCGACCACUCCAUCGACGACUCGCAGUUCGCGCCCGGCGUGACCCCGCUGACCUUGGCCUGCCAGAAGGACCUGUACGAGAUCGUCACCAUGCUGUCCCAGAAGGGCCACGUGAUCCCCCUCCCGCACGCCAUCUCCUGCACCUGCCUGGAGUGCCGCAACGGGCGCCAGUACGACCUGCUCAAGUUCUCGCUGUCCCGCAUCAACACCUACCGCGGCAUCGCCAGCCGCGCCUACCUGUCCAUCACCUCCGAGGACGCCAUGCUGUCCGCCUUCCGCCUGAGCCGCGAGCUGCGCAAGCUCUCCAAGAAGGAGCCCGAGUUCAAGCCCCAGUACCUGGCCCUGGAGGAGCUGUGCCAGGAGUUUGCGGUGGAGCUUCUGGGAAUGUGCCGGAACCAGAGCGAGGUCACCACCAUCCUCAACAACUGCGGCGAGGACAGCGAGGACGAGCUGGACGAACAGACCUUCGAGGAGGGCAUCCCAAACCUGGCCCGCCUCCGUCUGGCUGUCAACUACAACCAGAAACUGUUUGUGACUCACCCCAUCUGCCAGCAAGUGCUCUCCUCCAUUUGGUGCGGCAAACUGACCAGCUGGAGGGGCAGCCGCACAGCCUGGAAGCUCCUGGUGUCCUUCGGGAUCUUCCUGGCCAUGCCAGUCCUCUGCCUCAUCUACUGGAUCGCCCCCAAGUCGAAGAUCGGAAAAACCCUGAAAAUCCCUGUGAUCAAGUUCCUGCUGCACUCAGCCUCCUACAUGUGGUUCCUCAUCAUCCUGCUGGGCGAGUCCAUCGCCAUGGAGAUGUACCGCUACGACUUUGCCUCGCGCAAGCAGAACAUCCUGCACAGCUCUCUCCACAUGGUCUGGGUGGCUGGCUUCUUCUGGUUCGAAUGCAAGGAGGUGUGGAUCGAGGGCCUGAGGAGCUACUUCCUGGACUGGUGGAACUGUCUGGACAUGAUGGUGCUCAGCAUGUACCUGGCCUCCUUCGCCCUUCGCAUGGUAAUCAUGCUAAAGGGCUUUGUGGUCUGCCAGGGCACGAACAUGGUAGAGGAGUGUGUCUACUUCACACAGACAGAGAGGCAUGACUGGUUGCAGGAGGACCCCCAGUUCAUUUCUGAAGUGCUGUUUGCGGUGACCAGCAUGCUGAGCUUCACUCGCCUGGCCUACAUCCUGCCGGCGCACGAGUCCCUGGGGACCCUGCAGAUAUCCAUCGGGAAGAUGAUCGAUGACAUGAUGAGGUUCCUGUUUAUCCUGAUGAUCAUAGGAACGGCCUUUCUCUGUGGAAUCAACAACAUCUACGUGCCUUAUGUAAUAUCUCCACAUCUUGGACGGUUCAAUGAAACAUUCCACUUCCUGUUCUGGACCAUGUUUGGGGUGGGCAACCAGGACUACGUGGACAUGCCAGAUUUCGCGCUGGCCGAGUUUGUGGGCAGGAUGCUGUAUGGGAUCUUCACCCUGGUCAUCGUCAUCGUGCUGCUCAACAUGCUCGUCGCUAUGAUCACCAAUUCAUUCCAGAAGAUUGAGGAUGCCGCUGACGUGGAGUGGAAGUUUGCCCGCUCGAAGCUCUACCUGAGUUACUUCCGGGAGGGUCUGACCAUGCCUGCUCCCUUCAACAUCAUCCCCUCGCCAAAGGCCUUCUUCUACCUCUUACGGGGUAUUUUCCGAAGACUUUGCUGCUGCUGCAACUUCAACCGAACACCAGAUUAUCCUCCCAUUCCCUCCAUACAAAAUGACGGCGGCGCCGUGGAGAAUCGCGUGCCCUACCGCUUGCAGGUGAUCAGGGCUUUGGUGCAGCGGUACAUCGAAACCGCCCGGCGGGAGUUUGAGGAGACCAAACGCAAAGACGUGGGCAAUCGGGUGACGGAGCUGAGCAAGCUGGUGGGGAGGCUGUACUCUGAGCUGAAGCAGAUGAACCAGUCCCUGCAGGGCAGCCCCGGCCACCAGGGUGGCGACACCGAGCUGCUCACCAAGUACAUCAUGGGGGCCAAGAACAACUUCCGGGGGUUCAACGGCAAGGCGGAGAUAGGCGCCGGCCACGCCCCUCCGUCUGUCACUGCGCUCCACGGGAAAGAGGGCGAGGGCGAGGGGGAGGGGGAGGGGAAGGAGGAGGAGGAGGGGCGAGAGCCAGAAAAGGCUGCAGUUGAAGACAAAGCGACCGUCUCGUCCCCAACCGACAGCAAGGGUUCUCUAGACACCGGCUUGGGCUCCCAGGGAGAUCUGAGCUCCCCGGAGAGAGAGACGGAGGUUCAGAGCGAGAAAAACACACACGCGCAGUAAACAGUAAUCAAUGGGACCCGCUGCAGCGGUUUCUCUGCCGCCCUAGCAUAGACCUUCCUUUCAUAGCGCAACAUAACGAGCUGACGCAAGCCACGGAGAAAGAAGCGACAUAAAUCCUUUCAAUGCUGUGACGAGCAAAAUUAGGCGAACACUUCAAAAAUGUAUUUCAACUGUUACAUAUGAAAGAAGGGGUACACGGACAGAUACAGUAUGUAGAUGCUUAAAGUCUCUCUCAUUACAUCAUCUGCCAAAGCAAACGAAUAUCCAGAUCCUUGAUUUUGCACUUUUGGGGUCAAGCAAUCAUUAAACGCAUUUGGUCCCCCAA